AUGUGCCAUUCCCAGAAGCUUCCAGGGCGUCCAGGUGGUCAGGCUAGUCAUGCCAGACAAGACUUGGAACGCAACAAAGAAUGUUUGAUCAGAGUCAGCAAGAAUCUGUUCUCUCAGGUCAUCAGCGGCCUUGCAACUAUUCUCAAGAACCUUGCAUCUGCUAAGGGGCUGAAUCCAGACCAAGAGAAAAGCCUUUUUCAGUCGCAGCUCAUCAUUUUAGACACUCUAGAGAAAUGUCUCUCAGCUCAACCCAAAGACACGUCUCGUUCAGAUGAGACCAUGCUGGUCAAAUCUCUUCUGCCAGAAAUCUGUCAGCUGCUGAACGUUAUCUCUGAGAACCCUCUCACACACCAACUUAGAACGUCUGCUUCUAGAGUCUUGUUUGCACUGAGUCUGAACAACUUCAAUGCAGUGUUCAGUAGGAUAUCAGCGAGACUGGAUGCAUUGAGCAAAUCCAGUGAUGAAACUUGUGAUGAGAGUGAUAUAGAACUGAUACAACACAUCAAUGUUGACUGUGCUAGACUUACAAGACUACUCAAUGAAAUCAUCAGUAAGUUCCACUCUUUGAAGAGAAAUGCCAUGACGGUGUUAGCACAAAGCCUGGAGAAGGCAAUCUGGAAUUGGAUGGACAACUACCCAGUGGAAUUCAUGCAACUUCAAAGAUAUCAACACAGAGAUAGUGAUGGUGUGAAUUCCCGUCUAGGACUAACCCCUCAUCAUUGUGCCGAGUGCUGUGAGAAACUCUUUGAUCUAGCGGAAAGCCAACAGGAAUCCACUAAACGAAAGAGCUCAAUGCUUCUUCUUCAGGUCAUGCUGCUAGUCUUGUGCCCAGGUCCAUUAGCUGAAAUCCUCCAUUCCAAUCACUCCAACCUAUCCCCCAAGCAAAUGCAGAAGAAGCAGUUACUGGACUCCCUACGUCGGUGGCUAGAAUCCCCCGGCAGUAGCAACAGACAACAGAUGGAGUGGGCUGUGGUGGCCUGUGUCAAGCUGUGUAAGGCUGCAUCUUACCUGCAGAACUCCGAGGGGAACGCCCUCUAUGAUUGGGUGCUCAAGAUGCUGGCAGAUCUCAAUAAUCAACUGUUCUGUCCGACACGUUCACUUCGCUCUCAAGUAGACGUUGAGCUGCUGAUAGACAGUGCUGUGGCCUGUUACCGGCUCAGGCCUUCGCUGCCAGAACACUUCCGGACCUGCCUUCAGGCUCAGUCCCCCACUGUAUUCCACCUGGUACUGGCCCAGGCUCUGCAUACCAUUGUAACAAAGUCUCACAUGCCUUGGUGGCCAAAGAUUGCUCAGCUCUACUGUUUCUCUGAGAACCUAAGACGACUCUUUGAACAUUAUCGGAAGUGCAAUCAGAACCACAACACUGCAGUCAGAAAUCCGCCAAGCUUGACAACACUGAAAUCCAAGAUGCCAGGAUGGAAGUCAAGGGACAAGUCUAGUGAAGACUUCCCUAGUGCUGUUCUUCUCUGGCUUGUUAAAUUAGUCCAUGCUGAUCCUAAACUCAUGCUGCAUAGCCAAGGAUCUGCUGGACAUGUCAUCCAAAACAACACAUACCAGCUGAUCACAGGGUUAGUGAAUCUCAUGUGCCAGUAUUCAACCAUUCCAGACAUCUCAGUAGAAGCCAUGAAAGCUCUUCUUACACUCCAUCAACCAGGGAAUGUUGAGCUCUGGAACCCUGAGGCACCCAUUGCAACAUUCUGGGACAUAAGCUCUCAGGUGUUGUUCUCAGUGGCUCAGAAGCUUCUUACCCAACAGAUUGUUAACACCACAGAGGUACUCAAGUGGCUCAGUGAGGUCCUUUCUCUCCGAAACCGAUUCCUCAACAAAUACAAGGACCAUGCAACAGUAGAUAGCAACAUUCCAAGAACAAGGGAGGCUCAGAACAAGUUAGAGUGUGUAUUCUUUAUGAACCUAUGGAGCUGUGACCAGGAAGCUACGUCCACUGCCCUCUCCUGCCUGGGUCAGCUCUGUGAGGAAGCAGAGAUAUGCUGCGGCACCGACGACCUUGCCCUCACUCAGGUGGUGCCCAACUAUGGUGUCUACACAGAGCUAGCCCGCCUCCCACAAAUAGGACCACAGGAAAAAGUAGCUCAGCGGAAAAGAAUAUUUGCAUCUUUAAGAAAGAUUGAAUAUGUCACCGAUGGAAACAGUCAGGCAUGGGAUGAGACAUACACCCUUUGGGAGAACUCCACAAGAUCAUUAGGAUUGUACAAAGGAAAAGGAGAGGACAGUGCCUCACUGGAUAGUAAAGGGAACAUGAGACGGACUGGGAAAGCAUCACACAGUGUACUGCAGCCCAGAGAGCAAGAGUUUGAAGAAUGGAAGAACAUGACUGGUUUCUUAUGUGCAUCAGGUGGUAUGUGCCUCAAGUCUAGAAACAGGAGACCAAGAUAUGAUUCACCAUGUGAAGCUGGUCCAAGACACAUAGGAGCUCCAGUCCUUGCUUCAUCUCCAGUCACUGAGGAACCUACAGAUCAACUCAAAAAUUUCAUGGCCAGUCUAUUGAGAUUACUAGUGUGCAAUAAUGAGAAACAUGGUGCUAAGGCUCGAGACUGUGUGAAAGAGAUGAUAGGAGAGGAACUUGAUCCAGCGCUCUAUCCACAGCUCUUCCAACAGAUCAAGGAAUAUGUUGAUAAAUUCUUUGACAGUAAUGGACAGGUUGAAACAACAGAGGCCAAUACCUUGUUCAUCAAACACGUCAUCCAGGUGCUACGUCAGGUCCUUGGGAAUGGUAGCGAGGAAGAAGAGGUAGCAGAACAUCUAGGCAUUGUCAGUAUAGAGGGCCUUAUACUCUCUAUAACAAGGUAUGUAAGGAGACUAGAUCCCAGCACAGCCAAUGAGAAUGUUGUAAAGAUCAAAGUCCAACUGUGCAAGCUUUUAUCCAUGAUGAUGAUGAGAAGGGAUUGUCUAUCAUUCAGGCAAGAGAUCCGUUUCAGGAACAAGCUAGUAGACUAUCUCUCAGAUUGGAUCCUUGGAUUCUCAAAUGAUGGUGCCACUGAUGAAAUCAAGUCUCUUACAAGAGAGUUGGAUGAAGCAAGUAUGGAAGCCAUGGCCUCUCUGCUAGUAGCACUCCCUCUACAGCCAGAAGAAGGAGAUGCUGGUGAUAUCAUGGAAGCCAAAUCAAAACUAUUUCUGAAAUAUUUCACAUUAUUUAUGAAGCUCUUGAACGAUGUAAUGGAUAGAGAGGAGGAGAAGAGCGUUGAAUCAACAAGGUCUCUUCCCGAGACUAAUAAUCAGUCUUCACUCAGGAAAUGUACUAUACAAGCAAUGUCAAACCUACUCAGUGCAAACAUAGACAGUGGUCUUAGACAUUCCAUAGAACUGGGUUAUCACCCUGACGUCCAGACGAGGGCAGCCUUCAUCGAAGUCCUCACCAAGAUCCUUCAGCAAGGAACAGAGUUUGACACCCUGGCAGAGACAGUCCUUGCUGACCGGUUUGAGAGGCUGGUUGGUCUUAUGACCAUGCUCGGUGACAAGGGGGAACUCCCCAUCGCCAUGGCCCUCGCUAACGUCAUUGCCUCAUCACAGAUGGAUGAACUAGCCAGGGUCUAUGUGACUCUGUUUGAUGCUAAACACUUGCUCUACCAACUGCUGUGGAAUAUGUUCUCGAAAGAGGUGGAGCUGGCGGACUGCAUGCAGACCUUAUUCCGAGGCAACAGCCUGGCGUCCAAGAUCAUGGCUGCCUGCUUCAAGAUGUACGGUCAGAACUACCUCAAGCUCCUCCUCCAGCCGCUGGUGCAGGAGAUGAUGACGGGUCCGACGAGUCAUAUCCGCUACGAGGUGGAUACUGCUCGCAUGGAAGCACAUGAAGAGGACAACCUUCCAGAGUACCAGGCUAACCUUAUGCAGCUGGCCAAGAAGUUCUUCAUUGCCAUUGUCACUUCAGUCGAUCAGUUUCCGCCUCAGCUGCGUAGUGUAUGCCAUUGCUUGAAGGAGGUCGUAGCCCAGAGGUUUCCAAUGAAUACUUUAGGGGCAGUGGGAAGUGCAAUAUUCCUCAGGUUUAUCAAUCCUGCCAUUGUAUCACCCUAUGAGCAUGGGAUUGUGAACAUGAAGCCGUCAUUGAAGGUUCAGAGAGGCCUCAAGUUGGUCUCUAAGAUCAUGCAGAAUGUUGCCAACCAGGUGCAAUUCAAAGAACAGCACAUGAUGCACUUCAAUAAGUUUCUCAGUGAGAAUGCCGUCCGAGCCAUGAGAUUCUUCCAGGACAUUGCUUCAGACUGCCAUACCAUUGAGAGUGUCAGCAGUACUUCCUACAUCUCUGAUGCCAACGUUCUUGCCCUUCAUAGAUUAUUGUGGAAUCAUCAAGAGAAGAUGGGUGCUUUCCUGUCAAGUAGCAGGGAUCAUCGAGCCGUCGGACGGAGACCGUUUGAUAAGAUGAUCACUCUCCUGGCUUACAUUGGCCCUCCGGAACAUUCCAGAUUGGUCCUCGAUUCACAUUUUGGGAGCAUGGACCUGACAAGCAGCAGCUUUGAAGAGAUGAUGGCCAGACGCAACAUCUUCAACGAGGAAGAUUUCAAGCGUCUUAAAUCUCUCAAUAUCUUCUACCAAGAUGGCAUCUCAAAGGCAGGCAACCCUGUCUUCUACUAUGUAGCAAGGAAAUACAAGUGUUCAGAGAUAGACUUUGAGCAGUUGAUGUACCACAUCUUACUCACUCUCAAACCAUUUGAUAAGAAUCCAUUUGAAGUUGUCCUAGACUGCACCAACUUUGGACCUGACAACCGCUUCAAGCCCCAAGUCCUUUCCCGUGGUGUUCGUUUCCCUGACCAUGUCACUCAGAACCUGUCCGCUGUCUAUGUCUACAACUGUAACUCGAGACUCAAGGAAUACAUCAAGAGGAAUGAAAGGGUCUUCGUACUACUGAAGGGUACACGGAAGAUCAUAUUCAUCGAGUCCGUAGCCAAGUUGGGUGAAUACAUCGAGCCUGAUCAACAGAGAUUGCACAAGGCUACCUUAGGAUUGGAUGAAGAUCUGAAAGUAUUCAACAAUGCACUCAAACUAUCAGACUCCCACAAGGAUAUCAAAGUAGCCAUCAAGGUUGGUUCUAGUGCAAUCCAUGUGACAUGUAUGGAGAAGACUAAGAUCCUUGUCCAGCCAGUUCUACUCAAUGACAUCUACCUUGCUUCAGAGAUUGAUGAGGUUGCCCUGGUUGACGAGAAUCAGUUCACUGUGACGCUUCAAGAAGGUCGUCUCCUAUCUUUCAUGCACCAGGAGUGUGAAGAGGUUGCUAAAGCUAUUCAACACAUCAGAACAAGAUGGGAAAGAUCUCAACCGCAAGAGACAGUAGCAGUACAUUCCAAGAUCAAACCCAUGGAUGUUCCUGGCACUCUUCUCAAUAUGGCCUUAUUGAACCUUGGUAGUAAUGACCCCUGUCUGAGGUCAGCUGCCUACAACCUGCUGUGUGCCCUGACUGCGACCUUUAACCUCAAGAUUGAAGGUCAGCUGCUUGAGACGGCUGGAUUAUGCAUCCCAGCAAACAACACAAUCUUUAUUGUCAACAUCAGUAAAACAUUAGCUGCUAAUGAACCACAUCUUACACUAGAGUUCCUUCAAGAAUGUAUUACUGGAUUCAGUAAGAUCAGCAUUGAACUCAAACAUCUGUGUCUGGAAUACAUGACACCAUGGUUGCCUAACCUCACCAGGUUUAGCAAGAGAUCAGAUGAAUCAAAGAGAUACAAACUGACCGUUGUCUUAGACAAACUGAUUCAUAUGACCAUCACAGAGAAGCAGAUGUAUCCAUCGAUUCAAGCUAAGGUGUGGGGUAACAUCGGACAGGUAGAGGAUCUCAUCGACUGUGUUCUUGACAGCUUUAUCAAGACAAGUGUAUCUGGUGGUGGACUACCCAGAGCUGAAGUUAUGGCUGACACAGCAGUAGCAUUGGCAUCAGCUAAUGUCAAACUAGUAUCUGCCAAGGUUAUCGAAAGGCUAUGCAAUAUCUUAGAGAAAACAUCCCUGUCACCGACUGCAACUCUUGAGAAACACCUGAUGUGGGAUGAUAUUGCCAUCUUAACUCGUUACCUUCUCAUGCUGUCUUUUGAUAACUGCCUGGAUGUUGCCAACAACUUGCCAGCUCUGUUUCACAUAAUCACCAUGCUGGUUUCAACAGGACCACUAGCCCUAAGGGCCUCAAUACAUGGGCUAGUGAUAAACAUUAUCCACUCCCUUUGCACAUGCUCACAACUCAAGUUCAGUGAGGAGACCCAGAAAGUCCUUCAUCUUGCCCUCACUGAGUUCUCCUUGACAAGAUUCAAGAAGAUGUUUGGUAUCAGCAAGGUGAAGUCGGCUACAGUCGCUGCUUUCAGGUCAAGCUACAGGGAGAGACCGUCGGGUCAGCAGACUGAGAUCAUGCCUUUGAGUAGCUUGGAGGCCAUCACUGAUGCCUUGCUAGAAAUUAUGGAGUCUUGUACGAAGGACAUUCCAACAUGUGAAUGGCUGAAAGAAUGGACAGAACGCACAAGGAAGUUUUCAUUCCAGAACAACCCCGCCCUUCAGCCCAGAGCCAUGGUAGUCUUUGGCUGCAUCAACAAAUCCACAUCACCCAAAGAGAUGCGUAGUCUCCUGCUCUUCUUGGCCCAAGCUGUACACAAUGCCAUCAAUCAGAAGGAUUGCUAUGGGAGUGGUAUUCAGCAGAAUAGCUCCUUGCUGUACAUAGAGUCGAUUGUUAUUGCUAUGACCAGAUUGCAACCUCUGCUUGAGAAGGAUUCUCCAAUGCACAAGCUGUUGUUCUGGGUAUCCAUAGCUGUCCUUCAGCUGGAGGAAGCUGCUCUCUAUGCUGCGGGUAUGGCCAUGUUGGAACAGAAUCUACACUGCCUAGAUGAACAAGGACUCUUUGAAGACACUAGUCCGGAGGUUGUGCUGAUGGCCGUUAGAGAACCUUUAGAUUUCCAGUUCAAGCAAAUGGAUCUAGCCGUUGGUCUUAGCUUCAAGUACAACUUCAACUUUGCUCUUGUUGGACAUCUACUCAAAGGAUUCAGGCACCCUACCAGUGCUACAGUAUCAAGAACAAUCCGUAUCCUAAACCUGAUGCUAGAUAUUGUCUGCAAACACAGAAACUGUGACAAGUUUGAUGUGAACAUGGAAUCAGUAGCGUACCUUGCAGCCCUCCUACCAGUAUCUGAAGAGGUUAGGAGUCGCUGCAGCAUGCGUCGGAACUACCCUAACCUAUCCCCAGAGACACUAGAACUUGACAACUCAGUCUUUGUUCAAGUCCAGUACCCUUACCAUCCAACACCCCACCAAGGUCAACAGCAGAGGUCUCCCUCCAAGAGGUUACGAUCUCCGCAUAAAACCCCCGGCAUCACGAACGCCGCUGUUAAAACCCAGCGGAGUUUGGAUUCGGCACUCAGACAGCAGCAAGGUCCGGUGACGAUCGACAAGUCUCCGUUGAAGCAGUACAAGAGCUUGGACCUGCCACCUCACAGCACGGGGAGAGGGGCGCGCAGUCCGGAGGUGGUGGUCAGCGGGGUGGCUUCAGGGGCCAACGCUGAGGGAGGAGUAGGGGAGAGGAGAGUUCGGCAUGAGAGGAGGACCAGUGGGACUGCUAUGACGAUACCACAACCGAGAAAGGAACGGAAGGUCUCCACACCGUCAGAGAAUGUACUUCUCAAUGAUGAAGUCCUCACAGAGUCGGGUGUGCAAGCUUUGUUGCUAACUGUUCUGGCUACCCUAGUACGUAACAUGAAUGAAGGAGAUGUAGGCAUCCUGUAUGAAUACCUAGCUGAAGCAAGCCAAGUCUUCCCUCAAGUAUUUCCCACUGUGUAUUCAUUGCUGGAUUCCAAGAUCAGUAAUGUGUUGAGAACAUGCAACAACCAAGCCAUGUUAGCUGCUGUCCAGAGCAUCAUUCAGAAUACUUUGGCCAGUGAGGAAGGCCAGAUACAACCUACAAAUCUUCAAGGCAUUGGAUUUGGCGGCUUAUGGCGAUUCAGCAGUCAGUUUCCACAGAAAUCUGAGAUCCGAGGUACAUCCGACCACUUUGUGAAGCUUCUACAGGCCAUGGCAGAGCAGUGCCGAACAGGAGACGACAAUGAUUGGCUGUCGGUACCCACGCUAGAGUUCUUCUCACUGACCACGCCCUUAGUGGUAGGUAACCUCUCCAACUCCAUGUCAUCUCUCUGCUCCUCCCACUCUGCGUCCGAUGUUGAACAGCUUUCAUCGUCCCACAGUGCUCAGCUCUUCGCAGUGCCAUCCCAGCGUCUAAGACACUGCUCGGACCACCAAACCAUGAUGACCUCCACAAGCUUGACCGGGAACGUCCAGGCCAGGCCGCAGCACCGGAGUAGCUUCAAACGGAAGAAGCAGCAGCAGCCUUCCAACAGGUAGCACUGACCUAGCACCAGAUGUUUGUAUUUAUUCAAAUCAUUACCUUAUUUAAAGACUUGUACAAUGUGCUUCUGCACUUAUCACAAAUGCUACAAUUCUCAUGGAACUGGGAUUUCAAUGAAAUGAAAAUAUGUUCAUGAAAGAAAUUUAUUUAUAAUUGAUUAUAGCAAGAUUGAAACUGCCCAUAGAAGUGGGGAUAUGGUAACGACUUAAAGAUGUGAAGUUUUAUUUUGUAAAUGUAUCAGAGUAUAUGUAUUCCGGUGAUGAAAGUUGGAUGGGACAGUGUGUGUUGAAGCAGAAUUUAUUCAAUGUAUGUGGUACUUAUUGAGAUUGAUUUUGUAUUACUUUUAUAAAGUUUGUUGUAGUCACCAACAGGGAAUGUUCCCUUGUCAAAAAUGGUAUGCAAGUCAAUACUUAACAUGUUAGUAAAUAGAGUAAUUGGAAUUAGAAAUUAUAGCAAUUGCCGGCCUUGCUCUAAAUGAAGACAAAUUGCAUCCGACUAUUUUCUCAAGAUAAAUUCUUCCCUGAGGGAAUCACAUUAUCAGGUUUAUCUCAUUGCAUUGGAAAUGAUAUGUUGCAACCCUAUACACAGCACUAAUUUGAUAUAAUUUGUCCAGAGAUUUCAAAGGUUAUUUCAGUCACAGGUUCAUAGCCACUGCUGAAAUAUGGUGCUUAUUUGAAAUGUACAUUUGGGUUCCAUUACACAAAACGCAGCUAUUGAUCAUAGGUGUGUAGUUUGUUAUUUCUCUCUGCCUAGUAUUUGCUUCAUUUUAUCAGACAUACAUUUCCACACUAUUUGGCCGCCCCUCCGCACUCUCCUUGCCUCACAGUCCAUCGGAAAUGACACAAAAACCCCAACAAAACCAAGGAAAUUAAGGGUAAUAAACUUUAAUUCCAUCACACUUGCAUCCUCAAAUUUCUAUUUGUAAUGACAAGAUGAACUAAUAAUUAGAGGAAGAAGGUUGAAAAAUCAUAUGUCCUCGAGCCAGAUCCAGGCCCUAUUUUGUUACUGCCUAUGCUAAUAUUGGAAAACUUUUGCUAGGUUAAUAAACUUUAAUUCCAUCACUCUUGCAUCCUCAAAUUUAUAUUUGUAAUAACAAGAUGAACUAAUAAUUAGAAGAAGGUUGAAAAAUCAUUUGUCAUCUAGUAUCCAGGCCCCAUUUUGUUACAACCUAUGGUAAUUAUUGAAAAACUUUUGCCCGACAAAUUUGAACAAUAGGUGGUGCUAUUGGAAUAGAUUGAGCAUUAAUAAUAGGGCUGAUUGUAUGAUUGAUUGCAUCAUUUCUUAUUCGCGAUCAAUCAUACAAAUCAAGUGUAUGGUCAGUUGCUGUCAAGGUUUGUGUUAUUGGGACCCAAUUCUAGUUAUCAUUUUUGUUUGAAUCUUUCAUCAUAUACUGCCCUACAUUUCUUUUGCUGCUGUAAAUCAUGACUGCCUUCCUAUCUGAUGGAAACAAGGUUUUUUUUGUCAAGUAUAUGCACAUGAAUUGAUAUUUUUGAGAACAAGGUGAACAGGAGAAAAAAAAAAGAGCUAUUCCAUUGUAUGAUAUGAUUCCGCUACAAGAGUUCCGGGCCCUGUCUUACAAAGAGUUACGAUUGAUCCGAUAAAUCUCAAGUAUAUGGCAAUCCAUCAAUGUCAUAAUUUUUUCUUUUGGAAAUUUGCUCAAUGUCCUUUGAAAACAAAGAGAAGCCUACUGAAUUGUCAAGAAAACAUUGAAUGUAUGAAUAUAUGUCAUUUCUAGAAAAUAUUUAGAACAAACAUGUAUUUUAAAUGCUGACGUUGCGGGCUUUCCAUAGUUGCGCUUGACUGGAUCAAACACAACUCUUUGUAAGACGGGCCCCAGGUCAGUUUGUAGUUCAUGCACCCAUCGCAUGCAAGACCUAUGGCUAUAGCUUAGGCAGACCAAUUUUCACACAAUAGCCCUCCAAACCCUAUAAGAAGGCAAGUCUUUAAUUUGGGGUCAUAUAACUGUUGGGAAGAAAGCUUUUGCUUCUGGCAGGCAUGAGUGAAGAGGGAUGUGUUGUGAUGAAAAAUAAAUUGGCCAUUGGUUUGUAUGCAUGAUCAGCCUCAACAAGAAUUGAGAUUUUUAAACAAAUUUCCUUACCAAGGGCUGAAAUCCUUGUCUGGACCGGUUAUUUAUGCAUUCACUCGAGUUUCCACAAUAUAGCAAGUCUCUGAAAUGUCAGACAUGAUGUCUCUAAAUGCUAUGAUAGCAAUGGCAUGAGCCAUUAUCACUUAAUUUCAAGCUAUAGGCCUAUUUGAUAAGAAUUACACUAUAAGGAUUCAUAGAUAUUUUUGUAUAGUAGAUUGAGAAUACUCUAUUGACCUUGGGUAAGAUAAUGAAUAUUGCUUGCUAAAAUAUGCUAUCUGCAAUCCACCAGGAAUUCCUUUAUAUAUCCGUGUCCCCUUUCUUUUAUUAUGUCAUCAUGCUGUAGAUGUUUGGUAGAAACAAAUUAGUAAAUCAACAAAGAAUAUAAAUGCACUUUGCAAACAUACCUCCACAUGAGUUUAGUUUUUACAUUUAGUUUUACAUACAGUUUGAAUGAUUUUAUUUUCCAGAUGAAUAUGUUUUGUGUACUGUACAUGUAGAUAAUUAGAUACAGAAAUGCAUAUUGAGAUAAAGUAUCCCUCUCCACACUGUUUGCCUAAUCCCAGUUUGUAGAUCUUUUAACAUUGUUGUAAAAUACAUACUGUAAAAGGAUGUAGAAAGAGUAUUGUACAAAAUGUGAAUAUAUAUAUUUAUGUACAGGGCCAUCGCUACUGGUUCAGAAACUACAUUGUACAAUUCAUUGUAUAUAUAUAUAAAAAUAUAUAUAUACUUGUAGAAUUGAACAUGCAGAUGGAGAAUGUUAGAAUUGAAUGAAAUGAUAUUUGUACAACUUGCCAGAACUAUAUACCUAUAAUAGUAUCAUGAUGUAUUUGAAAAAUGUUUAAUUAAUAUGAAUAUAUGCUUUGUUAAAUAUGCAAAACAUGUGGAUUAGUUGCCUGGGUCUUCUACGAUGUGUUCAAGCAUUCAUGUAUUUGUGUAUAGAUCACUGUGUUUGUAAUCUUUUGCAUAACUCAACACAUGUUUGUUGGAUGUCCAGUGCUUCAUGUAGCUUGUUCCCAUUGCCAAUUCCUCUUUGAUAUAUGACCAGUGAUUCAGUCUAGUAGUCCAUUUCUUUUCUCUUUGAUUCAUUAAAUCCUUCCACCUACCACCAA